ACUCGCGUCGCUUCUUCCCCCCGCUUUAUAAGGUUGUGUGCUAUAUGUUUAGGCGGAAAUGGGAGCGGGUGUCCUAGCAACAGACAGCGCCUCUCUCUAGCUGGAGUCUGCAAAGUCUCGUUAUAAAGAGGCAGCGGCAAGAGGGAGGCAGGAUGGCGGUCGGUGCUGGUGGUGCGCCAUGGUGAAGGCAGCGGGGACGCACGGUGCGCAAAAGGCGCGGGCACCCUUUCUUCGGUUUGCGCUUUAUCCCGCGGCUUCAGGAUUUGCAUUAAGCCAGUGCAUCUAAGCAGAAGGGCUCGCUCGCUCGCUCGUGCGUGUCUAGCUGUGCAUGCAGGAAGAGGCAGGAAGGACUUUUGCGUGCAAAGGGGCUCGGUUUGGGUGGCUGGGGAGACCCGACGUGCUCGAGGCGAAGGAUGCUCGAAUCCAUCCGUGUCACUGAAAAGCUUCACUGGCCAGAGCAAGAGCUCUCAAAAAAGACAGUCUUGAGUCCGGAGGAGUACAAUUUCUUUCCUAAGAAUGAAAGCAGCAGCAUUCGGCGCCUGUCCCAGUCAGGAAUCCUCAAGGACACAUUCACCACAGGGACCAGCAGCUACAACGUCCUUCUGCAGAGCAAAGAGGAAAAAAAGCACCUUCUCCAAAAGCACCCCUUGGCCCACCACAAGAGGCACCGGAAGCCGGCCAAGCCCCCCAAUGCUUCGCGGGGCAGCGAGCGCCAGAAGAUCAAGGCCCCGCCGCCUUUGCCCCGGAACGGGUGGUGCGGCCUCAGCCGGCAGCCCUCCCUCUUCAUCACAAGCCCAAUACCCAGCGGCAUCAAGUUGGCACGCAGUAUUUCCGUAACAGGGAGCAGCAUUGGCUUGCCCAAGACCAAGGCGAAAAGGCAUUCCUUCUCCAGCCUCGCCAAGCCAAAGCCGCUGCAGAGAUCCAAGAGCUAUUUAAAAGAGGGAGACGCCUCUGGGCGGAAGUUCUGUAUCCUCACUGCCAUCAAGCCUUCCAACGUGGAGAAGGAGAAGAUGAAGUUCUUCAAGUCGGACUUCAGCUACAACCCGCAGUUUGAAUAUGCAAGCUCUGCAUUGUCCAGUGUGAUAGCAAAGCACAGCCAGGCGUCCAGCACGUUUCUCAAGCAGGCCAUCAAAAUCAUGGAACUGACUUUGCAAAAGUAUGGAAGCUACGAAAAUUUUGAGCAAGCCACCGGAGGCAGCCUCCUGCCCAGAAGUCGUAUCUGGAACCAUGUCAGGAAAUACAUGAUGAAAGAAGGCUGCCUAGGCGAGAUUGUGGUCCAUCUCUCCGAAGACUUACUUUCUCGAGCCUCGAUGACGGUGGUGAACGGCCGCCCAACUCUUACCAUCAAUAUUGCCACAGCACGUGAGCAUUGGCUGGAAGGAAUGUUGAGGCACGAAAUAGGAACUCAUUAUCUGAGAGGCAUUAAUAACAACAGCCAGCUGUGGAGCACCUGGAAUGGGCGAAGAAAACAUGGCCUCAAACCCAUCAACCCCACGGAGGAAGGCCUGGCAAGUAUCCACAGUGUUCUCUUUCGGAAAGAUCCCUUCCUGUGGAGGGCGGCACUUCUGUAUUACACGGUCUACCAAGCGAGCCAAAUGUCCUUCCAAGAGCUCUUUCAGGACAUUGGGAAGUUUGUCACAGACCCCAACACUAGAUGGGACUAUUGUGUUCGAGCCAAGAGAGGCUGGACCGAUACUUCUCUUCCAGGUUGCUUCAGUAAAGAUCAGGUCUACUUGGAUGGCAUCCUCCGGAUUCUGAGAUACCGACAUACCAUCGACUUCUGCUUGCUGACUGCUCUCGGAAAGGUCUCCUAUGAGGAUGUGGAUCGCCUGAAGGAUUUAGGAAUGAUUGAGAACAUGAGGGUGCCACACUUCUUGCAAGACCACACGAGGUACAUGGAACACCUGGAGAAGAUCAUGGAAGUCAAUGAGCUGUCUGACACGGAGCUUAGGCUUCUUCUGCCCUAAACCGCCACUCUUUUUUUUGCUUGCCGCCCGUGUCAUUUAUACCAGACUGGAACGCAGUGAGUCCUGACUCACAGAAGUGGAAUAACUAACCUUAUUUUUGAUGCCUGGCAAAAAUCUAUAUUCUUUCAACCUACUUCUCUGGUGGUGGUAGGUUUUUUCAGGGGGUAAAAUGCACAGGUGCAGUCCAGAAGUUGUUUACGUUCAAAGGAAAAAAUAUGCUCCUUUCCACCCCAUUCUCAAGAUAUAUGAAAGAUUUUGUAAAUUUUUGAGAUUAAAUUAUAGCUGGAACUCGCGGAUUAAAUUAUAGCUGGAAACAUCCUUUAUGAAAUUCUUUGUGUAGAUUCUUUCAGUGUGGCAUUUGCCAAUUCAACAGGCUUUUGAAUGAUUUCCUUCCUAGCAUAUUGCUAUUUGCAACAUAAUACUUAAAUGUUUUAGAAUGUAGCAUUUUCUAAUUUGUUGACCCCAUUCAGUUGUUGGUUGGUUUCCGGGUCACGCAGUAUUAUAGCUAAGCAGUUUUCUAAGGGUUAAGUAAUUUGCAUAUACACUUUACUAUGCCAACUGUUCUUUGAACUCUUCUUCCAUGUUUCUGGCAUCUUCUUCUGAAGAAAUAUACGUGCAAUGUGCAUUUCUCAGUUCUAAUAUAGAAAGGUUGACUACAUUUCCCAGUUAGGCUCCAGUCAUGUGUUAGCUAAGAUUCUUCAUCAAUGAUCCCCUAAUAAAGGGGCUUUUAGUAGUGGGGGUCUGCCUCUUCCAACCCUGAUUCUGUGUCAAAACUGACACAUCAUGACUCCCAGUGUGCUGUUGUUUCUGAGGACCGGUGCCUACCUACAAUGUGAUCUGACUUUCAGGGCUCAAGGAAAUCUGUGCUUCUUAGCUGUGGCAAUUGGAAGACUGCCUUGGAAAACCAGGACACUACAGGCAGCCUGGCUCCAUGGGAUGCAACUCUGGCCAUAGUUUAUAAUCUUUAAUCUGCAUGCAUACCCUUCAAAGGUCUGGUUGGAAUUCGUUGGAACGUUCCAAAAGUAGGUGGUGCAAAGAUUAGGUUGUGGUGAAAGUUCACAGGGCAGUUACAAUAGUAUGGUCCUGUUGACGUCAAUGAUUUUUUCCUCCAUAUGCAUUUCAAUAACGGUGGAGUAUAUGUGAAAUGGUAAAAGAUGCUUUCUCCCAUUGUUCAUAGUACUCCACUAAAGAGCUCCGUAAGAGGAUUUCUCACAUAUUUCAACACAUUUUUUGAGCGUGCAUCAAGAGGAAAUAAGGAAGGAGAAUGUUUGAAAUUGGAUUUUCUUACAGUAAGAUGCAGGUAUCACAGAUCAUUACAAUUCUGCGGAGCAAAAUAUCCAUUUUCUGUAUUGUGAAAAUGCUUCAUUGGCCAUUAAUCCAUAUAGGAAACUUGCAAACAUAUAAAGAUAUGUAAUUCAUGGCCCUUAUAUGUAUAAUGCUUUUCUCAAUACAGAUAUAACUUCAUCGGCAAUGGCACAACCUUCCUUAGCAACUAGUUUUCUACCUGCCAGGUACAAUUACUGGUUUCAUCAGUUUAGCACCUCCUAGGUGCAGGCCCCAACUCCACCCGUUCUGCCUUUACACCAUCACUCCCUCACCAACAGCCGGAGUGGCCGGGGACAGGGGCAGGAAGCAACAGAAGUGCUCAGGAUCCAUCCUAAGCAUUUUGGUGCUCAGGACCCAUCUACGAGCACCAUAAAGGCAGAACACAUUUCUCUUCUGCAUGUCCAGAUCACUCAAGUACCACAAUGCCAUUUUUGUUUCUAAAAAAAAAAGGUUUUCAAAAUAUGAAGAACCCCAGAGGAAUACACUAGGAUAGAAUCUCCAUAUCCUUCCACUCUUCUACAGAGUUGCUUGCAUUUUUUUAAAAAAGAGAGCCUGGAACUCAUUGAUGCAAUAAUGGCAUAACCACCCACCAUGAAUUCAAGCGCUGUGAAGACCACUCCUGUUUUAAAGUUAUAAAAAUUGGCUUAUAAUAGCCUGUCAUGAAAAUCUCAUUUAUCAUGGGCAAUGCAAAGAAAUGAAUAUUUUCCAAUUUAAUAAUAUACGUUGAGCUAGAUGCCUGGACGUAGUGUUCUGCAAUGGGGUGAUGAAGUACAAUUUUUAACCAAAAUAUUUUACAAAACAUGGGCCUAGAACACAUACGGCAGCCUCAAUUUUCUAUUCUUAAUACAGUUUCUGUCUUUCAUUCAUUGAAUUCAAGAGACUCCUGUUGCUGUAAGUGCAUCUAACUCUCAUACAGACUGUUCUGUUUUGAACAGUCUCCUAUUCCCCACAGAUGUCAGCUUUCAUGUCUGUGUAAAUCAGCUCCAUAACUUAGUGGAUGUCACAUGGCUAUACGAUUAACACAAGUUAACACAUCAGCAGCCUUAUACAUGUAUUAAUCAAAGAAACAGAGCUUAAAGCAGCUUAGUAUAAGCCUCCACAUCAGUAUUUACUGGGUUUUUAUAGCCAUGUGGGCAAUAGGUUGCAGGAUAUUGUACCAGAAGUUACUACAGCACAGAGCAUUAGUAACUUCAUAGUAUGCUGGGGUAACAACUUGAAUGAUAACAGGUUUAGCACAUUAGGGGUUUGUACACUCCUGCCUCCUUGGAUAUUUACCAAAUACGUUGAUGUAUAAUUUUAAUACAAAAGCCUUUUUCUCGAGAAGAUUGCUGAGUACUGUAAAUAGCCGCAACAGUAAUUAUCUGUAUUUCAACCAGCACAAUGGUUCCUGUAUACUAUUUGUACCUACCUAAACCUUAGCUACACGAGGUGGAUUCACACAUUCAUGUGCUGUACCUGAUCUGUGGUCUUUUGCGUAGCAUAGUUGCUGUUAACUUUAUUUAUCUAAACAAUUAUGUACUGCCCCUCAUUUUUAAAAAUCAAGAGCUGUUUACAACAAUUAAUUGCACAUGUGGCAAUGUGUUGCGGUUUAUGGCACAGGCGGAAAACAUCCUCAUAAGAUAAACAGAAUAACUAUAGUACAUAAAGGUACAAACCCUGUGUUCUGUCAAUGCAGUCAUCUUAUUUGCAGUCGACAGCGGGCCUUACCAAAAAUUGCUAGUGCCAUUUCAAUGCUUACUAUUCACUUCACAUUAUUCCUAACGUGUGACGAUAGUUCAGUGCAAGGCACAAUUCUUGAAGUCAGCAAAUCACUUGCCCAGCAAAAAAACCCCCACCUCAGGCGAUUUUUCCAGCACCAAUGUUGUUAUAUAAAGUGUUGUAGAUUUGUAACGGUGCUUUUGUAAACCUUUUGGGAUUUUUAAAAAUUGUGACAACCUGUUGUUAAGUUCCAAAAUAAAUAAGGGUUGUAUUGUAUGUGUACGGGUCUCACCAGAAAGUCUCACGCUGUUUAUUUAUAAUUGACAAGACAUCUUUGCUAUUAGAUCUGUGGCUCCUCUAAAAUUUAAUGGGGGGAAAACUUCAGAGUUUCAAUAAAGAGAGCAAUUA